AAGACGACGACGAUGGCCAGCCCACGCCUGCAGCCCGCGCCGCUCGCCGCCGCCGUCUCGCCCAAGGACAAGGAUGUGCUCACGAGCUUCUUCCUCGCAGCGACGGCUGCCUCGUGCGCGAGCGUCCUCACCAACCCGCUCGAAGUUGUCAAGACACGCAUGCAGCUGCAGAACGAGCUCGUCGAGGCCAGCUCCAAAGCCGUCGAGCGCGUGUACAAGAACCCGUUCCAGGCGCUGUACGUCAUUGGCCGUCAAGAAGGCGUGCGCGGCCUCCAGUCGGGCCUUGGCAUGACGAUUGCAUACCAGUUUAUGAUUGCGGGCACGCGCUUCGGCUUGCACGACCCGGCCAAGCGACUCGUUGGCGCCGAGAAGGGCGCGGAUUGGUACUGGACGCGGACAUACGUUGCCGGCGUGCUCUCGGGCGCUGCGUCGUCGUUCACUGGCAACCCGUUCUACUUGGUGCGUGCGCGAUUGCAAGCGUCCAACUCGGGUGCGGUGACGCGCGGCCGUCACCAGUACGCGUCGGCCCUCGAGGGCUUCAAGGCGGUGUUGGCCACCGACGGCCUCAAGGGCUUCUUCCGCGGCAUUGGCGGCGCCGUGCCGCGGGUGAGCUUUGGCUCGGCGACGCAGCUCACGUGCUACGAGUACUUUAAGGGCAUGCUGCUGUCGCAGCCGAUCCCGUCGACGUACGUCUUCCACGACCAAACCGUCGCGCUGCAUUUGUCGGCGUCCAUCUUGACGGGCUUCUUCUGCGUGACCGCGAUGAACCCGUUCGAUGUGGUGUCCGUGCGCCUCUACAACCAGCCGCUCGACGCGACGGGGAAAGGCCUUCUGUACGACGGACCGAUCGACUGCGCACAAAAGACGCUGGCCAAAGAAGGCAUCAAGGGCGCGUUCAAGGGCUGGACCGUCCAGUACCUCCGGCUCGGACCCCACACGGUGUUUACGUUUUUGUUUUGGGAGCAGCUCAAACAAGCGUACGAUCGUUUUACGCAUGACUAGAAGACGAAUGGAGUGUUGGACAUGUC